AUGGCAAAGAAUCCUCCAGAGAACUGUGAGGACUGUCACAUUCUAAAUGCAGAAGCUUCUAAAUCCAAGAAGAUAUGUAAAUCAUUUAAGAUUUGUGGACUGGUGUUUGGUAUCCUCGCCCUAACUCUAAUUGUCCUGUUUUUGGGGGGCAAGCACUUCUGGCCUGAGACACCCAAAAAAACAUAUGACAUGGAGCACACUUUCUACAGCAACGGAGAGAAGAAGAAGAUUUACAUGGAAAUUGAUCCCGUGACCAGAACUGAAAUAUUCAGAAGUGGAAAUGGCACUGAUGAAACAUUGGAAGUACAUGACUUUAAAAAUGGAUACACUGGCAUUUACUUUGUAGGCCUUCAAAAAUGCUUCAUCAAAACUCAGAUUAAAGUGAUUCCUGAAUUUUCUGAACCAGAGGAAGAAAUAGAUGAGAAUGAAGAAAUUACCACAACUUUCUUUGAACAGUCAGUGAUUUGGGUCCCAGCAGAAAAGCCUAUUGAAAACCGAGACUUUCUCAAAAAUUCCAAAAUUCUGGAGAUUUGUGAUAAUGUGACCAUGUAUUGGAUCAAUCCCACUCUAAUAGCAGUUUCAGAGUUACAAGACUUUGAGGAGGAUGGUGAAGACCUUCACUUUCCUACCAAUGAAAAAAAAGGCAUUGAACAAAAUGAGCAGUGGGUGGUCCCUCAAGUGAAGGUGAAGACCCGUCAUGUCAGACAAGCAGAAAGCGAGGAAGAACUCCCAAUCAAUGACUAUACUGAAAAUGGAAUAGAAUUCGACCCCAUGCUGGAUGAGAGAGGUUAUUGUUGUAUUUACUGCCGUCGAGGCAACCGCUACUGCCGCCGCGUCUGUGAACCUUUACUAGGUUACUACCCGUAUCCAUACUGCUACCAAGGAGGGCGGGUUAUCUGUCGUGUCAUCAUGCCUUGCAACUGGUGGGUGGCCCGCAUGCUGGGGAGGGUUUAA